UACUAGCUGACUGGCUGGAGGAUGUGUCUGGCUGUCAGCUGACUACCUGAAGGGAGUCCUGACGGAUAAAAAGUGAACUUUGAGAGGGGCUGGUACUCGGCACGUCCCUCUACACACAGCUCGGUCCCGACGCCUUGUGAACACACUGUGGUAGCGUUUCAGCACUUCAGGGCACCAUGAAUUGCUUGCAAAGACAAACUCCACUCAGCCGAUCUGAGGAAUUACUUAGCCAUGCCAGAAGCCAGAAGUUGAUACAAACGAACGCAAAGAUCCUGGGUAUGGAGGGAGAUCUAGACCUCCAGUUCCUCCUGAAGGGAGGAGACCUCCUCAAGGUCCGCUCCACGUCCUGGAAAAAGACCCGCCACUUCAAACUCCAGGAAGACUGCAAGACCAUGUGGCGUGAAUCAAAGAAAUUCUUCAAGGCGAACCAAACCUUUUCACUCGAUGACAUCUCAGCGGUGCGAAUUGGCCGUCAGUCAGAGGGUCUGAGGAAGUACACAGAGGAGCAGGUGGACGGCCGCUGCUUCUCCAUUGUGUUCAAGGGGCGCCGCAAGAACCUGGACCUCAUCGCCAGCUCAGAGGAGGAGGCCAAGCAGUGGGUCAACAGCCUACAGAAAGUGGUCUCCAGCAUGAACAACCUCAGCACCCAGCAGAAGACGGAGCACUGGAUCUUCAGUUGCCUGAAGAAGGCAGACAAGAACAAAGAUGAUAAGCUGAGUCAGUCAGAGGUGAAGAACUUCCUGCGGCUGAUCAACAUUGAAGUGGACGACGUCUACACGGAGAUGCUCUUUGAGAAAUGUGACAAAUCCAAGUCUGGAUUCCUGGCUGGAGAGGAGAUUCAGCAUUUCUAUAACCUGUUGACCUAUCGGGAGGAAAUUGACGUGAUCUAUGGAGAGUAUGCCAAAACUACGGGCUUGAUGAGCGCUGAAAACCUGGUGGACUUCCUGAUGAAAGAACAGAGAGAGAAAGCCACACUGGCCGAUGCUCAAAGCAUAAUCCAGAAGUAUGAGCCAGAUGAAAAUGCCAAGGAGAAGAAGCUGCUUUCCAGAGAUGGCUUCCUCAUGUACCUGCACCAUCCAGAGACCCUGAUCCUCAGUUCAGACCACAAAGAGGUGUACCAGGACAUGAGCCAUCCACUCAGCCACUACUUCAUCUCCUCCUCACACAACACCUAUCUCAUGGAGGAUCAGCUCAAAGGGCCCAGCAGCACUGAGGCUUAUGUCAGGGCCCUCCUGAAGGGCUGCCGCUGUGUGGAGCUGGACUGCUGGGAUGGAUCAGAUGAUGAGCCAGUCAUCUAUCACGGCUACACACUCACCUCUAAGAUCCUCUUCAAAGAUGCUAUUGCAGCCAUCAAGGAGUAUGCAUUUAAGACGUCAGAUUACCCAGUUAUCCUCUCCUUGGAGAACCACUGCAGUGUGAAGCAGCAGGAAGUCAUGGCCUGCCACAUGAGAUCCAUCCUGGGCAGUGCACUCAUCACUUCCCCCCUGGGGGAGGGCAUGCCCACAAACUUCCCAUCUCCAGAGGAGCUAAAGGGGAAGUUCCUGAUCAAAGGAAAGAGGUUAAACAAACUGGAGGCCAGCUUUGCUCCCGAGGCAACGGCAGCUGAUGACACGGACGUGACGGAGGAGGAAGAGUCAAAUGAUGAAGAUAAACAGAAUGAGGAAGACAAAAGCAAGAAGAAGAAGCUGAAACUGGCCAAAGAGCUGUCCGACAUGGUGAUCUACUGUAAGAGCGUCCACUUCCACGGCUUUGAGGACGCAAGGACAAACCUGAGCUUCUAUGAGAUGUCAUCCUUCAAAGAGGGAAAGGCCAUGGAUCUGGCAAAGGAGUCUGCUAAUGCUUACAUCCGUCAUAAUGUGGAAAAACUGAGCCGCAUCUACCCAGGAGGCUUCAGGACCGACUCCUCCAACUACAACCCAGUGUCUCUGUGGAAUGCUGGCUGCCAAAUUGUGGCCUUAAACUUCCAGACAAGCUGCUCAGACAUGGACAUAAACCAGGGCAGAUUCCUGGUUAACGGAAAGAGCGGCUACAUCCUGAAACCAGCCUACAUGAGGGACAUAGAGACAGAGUUUGACCCCAUCACCCUGACCCGAGGAGACUGGCUGCAGCACAAGACACUCCAUGUCAUGGUUAUAUCAGCCCAGCAGCUCCCCAAAGUGAACAACAAGAAGUCCUCCAUCGUGGACCCGCUGGUUAAAGUGCAGGUGUAUGGAGUGCCGGCUGACGUUGCUGAGAAAGAGACCAGUCCUAUCGACAACAAUGGCUUCAACCCAUCAUGGAAUGAAAAUUUCCAGUUUGACGUGUAUGUGCCAGAGCUGGCAGUGGUUCGCUUCCUCAUCGAAGACUAUGACUCCACAUCUGAUAAUGAGUUUGUUGGACAGUACACACUUCCAUUCAACAGCUUAAAAUUGGGAUACAGACACGUGCCUCUGCUCAGUAAGAACGGAGACGUUCUCCCUUCAGCUGGACUCUUUGUACACAUCAUGGUUGUUGAUGCCGAGUAAGACUUCGUUGACUGGCAUGCACCUCCACAGGACACAGGGACCUCCAAUACACAGCCAUCUUUUAGCUGGUCUUAAUUGUAUUUUUUAAUUCUCUUUCGGCUCUGUUGCUUAAGUUCAUGAUUAACUUGCUUAAUUCCAGCAGUUUGAGCAGCUGCUGUAAAACAUUCACGGGACAGCAAUUCUAUGCAAACACAGUUGGAUUUGAGAGACUUUCUAAUGAGUCACAUUACAGGGACUGUAAUACAAACUGUUUCAGGUGGUUUGUAUGAGUUGCACUAGUGUUUUACCUUGCUCAGUUUGCAAUGGCAUUAGAUUUUUAUUUUAUUUUUUAAAACGUAAUCAUCAUUCUGGUAGCUUAAUGUGUUGUCUAUUUAAAUCUUUUCAUUCAAAUGACCAUUGGCUUCUUAUGAAUUUUAGUGAAACACAAGCCAGCAUAAAAGCAAUGUGCUUUGUUUUCACCAGUAACUUUAGUCAUCAAGUUUGAUUAUUUUUCAUGUGACAUCAUUAUGACCAUGUCUUUAUCUUUUCUUAAAUCAAGAUGAAGAUAAAAGUUUUCUACAGGAA